AUGAGGUGGUCAAGAUUUGGAGUUACUUAUGAUGAGCUAUAUACUUUGUUAAACCGGAUUGCACAAGGAAAUACUGAGUGGCAUUCUGACUCAAGAAGUGCUACAAAGAAAGUUGCAGGUGAGUUGGAGGUGGACCAUUUUACUACCUUAUCAGCUCAGCUUGCUGCUCUACAAAAUCAGAUAAGCAAUAUAAUGUUUGGGGUUACACAACCUACAGCCGCAGUAAUGGAAUUCAACAGACUGCAGAUAGGUCAGAUAGCAGCAGCACAGAACACCAGACCUCAAGGUGGUUUGCCAAGUGAUACUAAAAAUUCUAAACAAGUAAUAACAAUCAAUUUGAGAAGUGGUAAGGAGAUGAAUGAAGAACCUCCAAAGAAAACUAAUGAGGCAGAUGCAGAGUUGAUUCCCCCACAGGAAAUACCCAAAUACGCUAAGUACUUGAAGGAUGUGGUCACUAGCAAAGUCAAGCUUCAGGAUGUCGAGACAGUAGGACUCACUGAAGAGUGCAACUCUAUGGUGAUGCAGAAGAUGCCCAAAAAUCUCAAAGACCUUGGAAAGUUCACCCUCCUCAUUCAAAUUGGGAAUAGUGAGGUGGUCCACACACUUAGUGACUUAGGGGUAAGCAUCAAUUUGAUGCCUUUUUCUUUGUUCAACACUUUAUCCUUGGGGAAGUCGAGACCAAGCUUUGUAUUAUUGCAACUAGAAAAUAGGACUAUAGCCCGUCCUGAAGGAGUCAUAGAGGAUGUUCUUAUCAAGGAUGAUAAGUUUAUUAUUCCUGCUGACUUUAUUAUUUUAGAUUUUCAGGCAGAUAAAAAAGUACCAGUCAUCUUGAAACGUCCAUUCUUGGCGACUGGAGGAGCAUUGAUCAAUGUAAGAGAGGGCAUGCUCACAAUGAGGCUGGAUGAUGAAGAGGCAAUUUUCAAAGUGUACAAACCGCUCAACACACUAUACCACUACAAAGAUUUGUGCAUGAUUAUAAUGAUUGAAGAGGAUAAGUGUAGGGUAGUGAUUCUAUUCCACAAAAGACCUUUUUAA